UGGUGAAUGCCAAUGCCCCCGCCGGGCGGCUUGAGGGGGUGGAGCCUCAGCCGCUGUGGAUGGGGAGUGGAGGCGGAGGAGAGUGGUUCCCGGAGCGUCGCGGAAAGCAUUGGACACAUUUCCACUAUGCUAAUGGCAUUUUAAGUAUAUUUGUUAAUUUCCCAAUUCUUUACUGAAGAAAACUUUAACAGUUUAUACUUGAGGACUGAAGUGUGACUCUGCCAAUUAUCAGCUUUCAAGAUGAAUCUGGAAAAACUCAGCAAGCCUGAACUCCUUACGCUAUUUAGUAUUCUUGAAGGAGAGCUUGAAGCAAGGGACCUUGUUAUAGAAGCCUUAAAGGCCCAACACAGAGAUACUUUUAUUGAAGAACGCUAUGGAAAAUAUAAUAUUAGUGAUCCUUUAAUGGCUCUACAAAGAGAUUUUGAAACACUGAAAGAGAAAAAUGAUGGCGAAAAGCAGCCCGUCUGCACAAACCCACUCUCUAUUCUAAAGGUGGUGAUGAAACAGUGCAAGAACAUGCAGGAGCGCAUGCUGUCCCAGCUGGCUGCUGCUGAGAGCAGGCACCGAAAGGUGAUCCUAGACCUUGAGGAAGAAAGGCAGAGGCAUGCACAGGAUACAGCUGAAGGAGAUGAUGUCACCUACAUGCUAGAGAAGGAAAGAGAGAGGCUGACUCAACAGCUGGAAUUUGAAAAGUCCCAAGUGAAAAAGUUUGAAAAAGAACAGAAGAAGCUCUCUAGUCAGCUGGAAGAGGAGCGCUCCCGCCACAAGCAGCUCUCAUCCAUGCUUGUGCUUGAGUGCAAGAAAGCCACCAACAAGGCAGCCGAGGAAGGGCAGAAGGCAGGAGAGCUGAGCCUGAAAUUGGAGAAGGAGAAGAGCCGAGUGAGUAAACUGGAAGAAGAGUUGGCAGCUGAGAGAAAGCGAGGCUUGCAGACUGAGGCCCAGGUGGAGAAGCAGUUGUCAGAGUUUGACAUUGAAAGGGAGCAACUGAGAGCAAAACUGAACCGAGAAGAGAACCGGACCAAAACUCUGAAAGAAGAAAUGGAAAGUCUGAAGAAGAUAGUGAAGGACCUAGAGGCCACCCACCAGCACAGUAGCCCUAAUGAGCAAUUGAAGAAACCAGUAACCAUGUCCAAAGGCACAGCAACUGAGCCUCUCGUGCUAAUGUCUGUGUUUUGCCAAACAGAGAGUUUUCCAGCAGAAAGAACCCAUGGAAGCAGCAUAGCCAAGAUGACAAACACUGGGCUGCCUGGUCCCACCUCUCCUCCCUUCUCAUAUGCAAAAACCAAUGGCCAUUUUGACCCAGAGACACAAACUACCAGGGAGCUGACUGCAGGCAACAAUGUAGAAAACCAAGGGCCUCCACGGGAAAAAUCUGUGGCAUUGGCCCAAGAGAAACCAGUGGAGAAUGGUGGGUGUCCUGUGGGGAUUGAGAUGCCAGCCCCAGUGCCCAGCCCCCUCCAUUCCAGUGGGAGCUCCCUGUCUCCCAGCAGCACUGCUUCCUCCUCUUUAACCUCCUCUCCUUGUUCUUCACCGGUACUCACUAAGCGUUUAUUGGGGUCAUCAGCUAGCAGCCCUGGCUACCAGUCAUCCUACCAAGUAGGCAUCAACCAGCGGUUCCAUGCAGCUCGGCACAAAUUUCAGUCCCAAGCAGAUCAGGACCAACAAGCCAGUGGCCUACAAAGCCCUCCGUCCAGGGAUUUAUCCCCCACCCUCAUAGACAACUCUGCCGCCAAGCAGCUGGCCCGAAACACAGUCACUCAGGUGCUCUCCAGAUUCACUAGCCAACAAGGGCCAAUCAAGCCAGUCUCUCCCAACAGCUCUCCGUUUGGCACAGACUAUCGAAAUCUGGCCAACACUGCCAAUCCAAGAGGUGACACAAGCCAUUCACCUACUCCAGGGAAAGUGUCCAGUCCCCUGAGCCCCCUAUCUCCAGGAAUCAAGUCCCCAACCAUCCCCAGAGCUGAGAGAGGAAACCCUCCACCCAUCCCACCCAAAAAACCUGGCCUCACCCCUUCUUCUGCUACCACUCCUUUGACCAAAACUCAUUCCCAGGCAUCCGCUUUGACCACCACAGAAGACCUUGCCAGCAGCUGCUCUUCCAGUACCGUUGUAGCAAAUGGUAAGGAUGUUGAGUUACUUUUGCCUACCAGCAGCUAGUCCCUAGGAGGGAAUCCCCACGUUUGACAUUCCAUCAGAUUUCGUCCAAGAGCUCAGACUUUUGAGUCAGAUUAUGUUAUUUAUUUUGAUAGUAGCUGAAACCAUCUGUAUAAUACAUUUAGUAUGUUUCACCGUUUUGUAUUUUUUUAAGUAGAAACUGAGUAGUUUGGAUUUGUAUGGUUCACAUCUUUUUACUGAAGCUAGAAAGGCACCUCAAAGAUGUCUCAAGCUCAGCAGUCACCGUCAUAUUGUGAUGAAGAAAGCUAAUUGAGUACCAGGUGGUGAUUUGCUAUCUAUUUUGGAACUAGAAUCACUCAACACUCAUUUUGAAUUAUGCAGAAGUGGUUCAUGCAGAUUUUUAUUCCAGAUGAACAUGUUUUAAAAGUGCCUGAAAUAUGACUGCCAUAUGAAUGUGAUUCUGCAGCAAAAAACACAAAAUGGACCAUUUAAUUGCAGGAAAUGCGAUCCUCUGCGAAUUCUGAAUGUUAAAAACCAACACUGCUUUUAAUCCUCUUUUACUGUUUUAAUACAAGCUUUGUGUUCUGAAAGAAGGCUGCAUAACUAGAACGGGAAUCCUUCUAAAGGUGGGUGUGAGCUCACCACAAAGCUGAGCUUUAUAGAGCCCUUGAAAAACCCUCCUGAGCACUAAGCAGUUAGGGUGCUGAUUUUCUUGUACUUUUGAAAAAUUAACUCACUCCUAGUUUCCUACAUAAAUUCUUGAACAGAAUGAAAUCGCACCUCCAUUCAAAAAAUGUCUGAAGCAUCUACUGUUGUGUAAGGAACUUCUGAUUCUGAUUGCUGUUACUUGAAUAGGAAAUGGUCACUCAUUCUGUAUAAAAGUUUUGCAACAGAAUGAAAUUUUUAUUCUGUAAUCAAAAAGCAAUAACUUGAAAUUCACUCUUUGUAAUAUUAUAAGUCAGAAUUUAUAUAAAUUUUACCAAAUUGUUACACUUAUUCUCCAAGCUGCCAGAACCUGGUGUCUGUAUCUGUAAAACCAAAUUAACUUUUGCCUAAAUGGGAAGUAUACAUAUAUCUGUAUAGAUACAUUACCCCUUUACAUGUUUAACAUACACACACUUAAACACA